AUGGCGGCGAGGGCCCUCCCGCCGGCGUCGCCCGAGCCGGCCUCCUCCGCGGUCUCCACCGCGUUCGGCUCGCCGCUCGAGCCCGUCGCCUCCGCGGCGACGGCGCCCGCUCACGACACGUACGUCGUGCACGUCCAGAAGGACCAGAUAUACCGCGUCCCGCCCCCCGAGAACGCCUACCUCGCCGAGCGCUACCGGAACGGGCGCGGCGGCGGCGGCGGGGGGGCGAAGAAGCAGGAGGGCCCCGCGUGCUCCCCGUGCGUGGCGCGCACGCUCGGUGCGCUGCUCGCGGCCGCGCUGCUGCUGGGCGCCGCCGUCGCGAUCUCCCUCGUCGUGCUGCGGCCGGGCGUCCCGAGCUUCUCCGUCGACCGGCUCACCGUGCGCAAGGAGUCGCGGCCGCCGCGCGCGGACUACGACUUCUUCCUCACGGCGGCGAACCCGAACAAGAUGACCGCGCUGUGGUACCGGAGCGGCGCGGCGGUGCUGCUGCACAAGGGGAGGACGCUGGCCAAGGGCGACGUGGGGCUGCCGGCCGAAGGCGGCGAGGACGCCACGGACUUCAGCAUGCUGCUGCGCGGGGUGCCGCACGACGGCCGCACGCCCAGGGCCGUGGACAAGGCGCUCGGCGGGUCCAGGGAGCACCUCGCGCUCCAGCUGGCAGUGGAGGUGACGGUGCAGGUGCACGUCGGCGCGCUCGGGUUCGGGCAGCGGAGGCUGGUGGUGCGCUGCGAGAUCGGUGCCGUCGGGCUGAGCAAGGACGUGCACAUUUCGUCGCAGAAUUGCAGGAGCAGCUUCGUGAACUGA